UGUGUUUGGUAAUGUUGUUCUUAGUGAUAAUACAUUUGGUAGUAUUGUUCUUAGUAGCAGUGUGUUUGGUAGUAGUAGCAGUAUGUUUGGUAGUAGUAAGCUUAGUGCUUUUAGUAAUAGAGAGUUUGGUGCCUCUAAUAGUAGUGUUCUUAGUAAUGCACUUGCUAAUAAUGCAUUUGCUGAUAGUAUGCUUGCUAGUGCUUUUGCUAGAAGUGUUUUUAGUAAUGAUGUCUUUAGUAGUAAUGUUUUUAGUAAUAAUGUCUUCUGUAAUAAUGUCUUUAGUAAUAGUGCUCUUGGUAGUGCACCUGCUAGUGAUAUCUUCAGUAGUAAUUAA